GCGAAGACACCAGCUACCUGUACCCCUCAGAGGUGCUGGCUGACGCCGCCCCCGCUCCGCCCGACCGCGCCACACUAGACGCGCUGAUCGGUCUGGGAUCGCCUGCCGGCGCCAGCAGCGUGUCACCACCGUCGCCUGCAGCACUGCCGGCAUCGCCACCAGCAUCAUCAGGGGGGCCCCCGGCGCCGCAAGGGGCCCAGCCCCCACCCCCAGGUCAGCAGCCCGUGCCGCCGUCACCGUUGACAUCGUCGCAGCCAACGGCGGGCCUAGCUGGCGCCAGCGUCACAGGCGGCGGUUCUGGGGCGGCCGGCCAGCCGGCAGCUGUGGUGACUAGUGCUGCCAGCUUCGCUGCGCCAGUGCCCAGCACUCCUGCCGCACAGGUUCAGGGUGCCGCGCUGCCACUGGUUUCAGCCACGGCAGCAUCAGGAGUGGUCAGCCAGCAGCUCCUAAUCACACAAAGGCCCAGCCUGUUGCUGCUGAGCUCCCCUGCGCCGCUCAAAUCGACAGCAAGCGCAGCCCAAGCCGCCGGGCUCGGCGUGGCGGUGGAGGCCCCCGCGGAGUCCCCGGCGGCGCCACUCAACACAACGCGACUUGGAAUUAUUCUGGCAGUGAUAUGUGGGUUGGGCGCAGCCGCGACCCUCAUCGCAUUGCUGCUCGCUUUCUCGCGUUGGUGCUUGGCCACCAACAGGGGCCGCCAGGGCGGCAGCAGCCGCCUGCAGUCGUCCGCGGGCCAAACCGCAGGCGGCGGCGGCGGCGGGAACGCGGCACAGCAACGGCACAUGGGAUGGGUGCCUGCGGCCGCACCGGCGUUGCUGGAUGGUGUGGGGGCGGUCGGUGGAGGCAGCAGUCGCGCAGGAUCAAGCAGCGGGUUUGCAUCAGGCAGCGGCGUGACACACCGCGCUGCGGCUGCUGCGUUGAUGAGGCAGCCAUCGGGGCUUGGCUAUCCCAACCGAUAG